AUGAAACAUUUAUUAUCAAUUGUAAAACGGACUUCGUUAGGUCGAUUACAACAUUAUCGUUCUUUAUCAUCUGCAGUAAAGAAUUAUAAUCAAUUACCAACUACAUGUGAUCCACAAUCAGAUAUUUAUAAGAGUAAUUAUGAAGCAAUGACAAAAACUGUUGGAGAAUUAAAAACAAUUAUAAAACGUAUUACAUUAGGUGGUAAUACAGAAGCUCGUGAACGGCAUACAUCAAAAAAUAAAUUAUUAGUAAGAGAUCGUGUUGAUAAAUUACUAGAUCCAAAUACUCCAUUUCUUGAAUUUUCACAAUUAGCUGGUUAUUUAUUAUAUGAUGAUGAUGAAGUUCCGGCUGCUGGUAUUAUAACUGGUAUUGGACAAGUUGAAGGACGAGAAUCUGUAAUUAUUGCUAAUGAUGCAACCGUUAAAGGUGGUACAUAUUAUCCAAUGACAGUAAAAAAACAAUUACGUGCUCAGGAAAUAGCACGAGAAAAUCGAUUACCUUUUGAUAGUGGUGGUGCUAAUUUACCACGUCAAGCUGAUGUAUUUCCUGAUAAAGAACAUUUUGGCCGUACUUUUUAUAAUGAAGCAACAAUGAGUGCCUUAGGUAUACCACAAAUUGCUGUUGUUAUGGGUAGUUGCACAGCUGGUGGUGCUUAUGUUCCGGCUAUGGCUGAUCAAUCGGUAAUUGUUCGUCAACAAGGAACUAUAUUUCUUGCUGGUCCACCAUUAGUUAAAGCAGCUACAGGUGAAGUUGUAUCAGCGGAAGAUCUUGGUGGUGGUGAUCUUCAUUGCCGGCAAUCAGGUGUAACAGAUUAUUAUGCUAUGGAUGAUGCUCAUGCUUUGCAUUUAACAAGACGCAUUGUUGCAAAUCUUAAUUAUAUAAAACCUCAACAAGUUGUCUUGAAACCGUCAGUUGAACCGCUUUAUCCAGCUGAUGAAUUAUAUGGUAUAGUAGGUGAUAAUCUCAAACGAGUAUAUGAUGUUCGAGAAGUCAUUGCUCGAAUUGUUGAUGGAAGUGAAUUUGAUGAAUUUAAAAAAUUAUAUGGUGAAACACUUGUUACUGGUUUUGCACAUAUUCAUGGAUAUCCAGUUGGUAUAUUAGGUAACAAUGGAGUUCUUUUCUCUGAAUCAGCUCUCAAAGGUGCACAUUUCAUUGAAUUAUGUUCACAACUUAAAAUUCCAUUACUAUUUCUACAAAAUAUAACUGGUUUUAUGGUUGGACGUGAAGCUGAAGCUGGUGGUAUUGCUAAAAAUGGAGCGAAACUAGUUAAUGCUGUAGCUUGUAGUCAAGUGCCAAAAAUUACUGAAGUUAUGGAGCAGGCAAUUAUGGCAUGGCUGGAAGAUCAUACAGGUAAUAAAAAAAUUAAUCAAGAACACUUUUUACAACAAGAGAUCAAUUUUCGUUCGAAAAAUCGAGAUUCACAUGCUGGUGUGAGUCCACGAUUUUUGUAUAUGUGGCCUAAUGCAAGAAUAUCAGUAAUGGGUGGUGAGCAAGCUGCUCAAGUUCUUACACAAAUCACUGCUGAACAACGUAAAAGACAAGGCAAACAGUUCACAGCUGAGGAAGAACAAUCUAUACGUGAACCUAUUUUACGUAAAUAUGAUCAUGAAGGCUCACCAUAUUAUUCAUCAGCACGUAUUUGGGAUGAUGGUGUUAUCGAUCCAAUAGAUACUCGCCUUGUUUUAGCUCUUAGUCUCAGUGCAUCUCUUAAUGCACCUAUACCCGAAACACGUUUUGGUAUAUUUCGAAUGUAA